UUUGAUAAUUUUUAUUACACUAUUGCAGCAGCCACAACAAAACAACGAAAAAGAUUUUAUCGUUUGUUGAAACCAUUUUUUUUUCUAAUUACAGGUUAACAUCAGGUGCAAUGUCGAAAUCCUCGAUCUCAGUGUUGCAAUCAUUGACGGCCACAUACACCGACUCAGAAGGGGAAGAUGAAGAACGUUCUGACAGGAAAAGAAGAUCAUCCUCCCUCACAUCAGAUGGAAAUAUGGAUGUAGAAAAAGAAUCUACAGCUACCAAUACUGCUACCUCAAUUGCUACUCCAGAGAGUAAUAAAUCUGGGACCAACACACCACAGUCGGGGAGCAGCAUAAGUGCUGCUGAGAUUCGACGUGUUGCUGCACGUCUUGUUUCCUACAAUAAUGAUGAAGCCAUGUCUGAUGAAGAUGACGGGGAAGAAGAAGAUAGUAAUAGCAGGGUAGAGUUCCCUGUUAUAAGAUCCAGCAGACCUGUCAGCCCCAGUGCUGAACCAAUCAAAUUGUUGCCUGGAGAAGAAUUGCUCCCUCCAGAGCCUACUGGAAAAUGUCCAGCUGAUUUACAAGAAAAAAUUACAAGACAAUAUGAAAGCAUGUUACAAAGAAAUAUUUCAUCUUUGAAUUUUCAAAUUCAACAAAGAAAGCAGUUCCGAAACCCCAGCAUCUAUGAAAAGCUUAUUGACCACUUAGACAUAGAAGAAAUUGGAACUAAUUAUCCCCCUUCCAUCUAUGAUCCUUAUCAAUGGGGUGAAGAAUCCUAUUACGAAAACCUUUCCAAAGUUCAGCGGGAAGAAAUGGAGAAACGCGAAAAAGAGCGACGAGAACGAACAAAAGUAGAGUUUGUGUCUGGAACAGCUCCUAAAAAAUCGGGCAGCAGCGGUGGGACUGAUGAAGAGAAGAAGAGGAAAUCGAAAUGGGACCAAACCGUCCCACUAAGCCAGGGUGCCAAUCUCACUUCCGUGGCUACAGGUACAAAAAUGGCAAUUCCAGCAUUUGGAACGCUACCUAAGAAAGCCAAACAAGUAUGACACUGGUUUCUAAAUUUAAUAUCUCAAUUUCAUACCGUGAUCCCAUAAUUGUCUAUUCGCAAUGCAUAACCACUAAUACAUUCUUGUUCCAUAGA